CCCCCCACCGCGGCGGCCCGGCAGCCGUCUCCGCGAUGGGCGCCGCAGCGGUGGCGGCGUACAGCCCGCGCUCCUCCCUCGCCUCCUCCUCUUUCUCCUCCUCCUCAGGGCUCCAGUCAGGCCGAGCCGCUCCGCUCACGAAGCAGCUUGAAGAGGCAAGAUAACUUUUGGAGCUGUGAAUUCCAAGCUGAUGCCUUUGCUGGAUACUCUGUUCUCUUCAGAAAGGCAAACUGAGAUAUAUCUUGCUGCUUUUUGUGGUCACAUGGUGACAACUUAUAGAAAGUCUGAUCUGCAACUUGAUGGGUGACAGUUCCUUUGAACCAAAAGAAAAUUUAAAAAUGGCAGAACUCUUUAUGGAAUGUGAAGAAGAGGAGCUAGAACCAUGGCAGAAGAAAGUGAAAGAAGUUGAAGAGGAUGAUGAUGAUGAGCCCAUCUUUGUUGCAGAGAUAGCAAGUUCAAAGCCAACUAUUUCAAAUAUUUUGAACAGAGUUAACCCUAGCUCUCAUUCACGGGGAACAAAGAAUGGUGUACUUAAUCGAGGUUUUACUGCGUCAUUCAAGCCUACAAGUCAACGCUACCUGAAUUCAACAUCAAAUCCUGCAGCUGCCUUGCCAGUAAAUUUUCAUCUGGAAUCUAGAUCUUCAGAUAGCUCUGUUAUUGUUCAACCAUUUUCUAAACCUGGUUAUAUAACAAACUCACCACGAGUUCUGUCUAAUAACUCUUCAGAGUUACUGUUCGACCUGACCGAGGAUGAUAACGGAUUAUCACAUUGCCAAGGGGGGCCAGCACUUUCUAUUGCAGGUUUGAAUGAAAGCUCAUUUUCAUCAAAACGCCCUUCUGGUUCUGACAUAAACAGUGUUAACCCCAAAAAGCCUAAACCCACUGAACAUAUUUCUGGAACAGAUGCCUCUCCUGUGGUCUCUUCAGGGAAGUCUUCGUCAGUGAUGUCUUUGCAGGUGGUGCCAUCGCAAGGUGCAAAUUGCUCAUCAAAUCAGUCUAAAAAUGGAACGACUUUUCCAAGAGCAUGUCCUAAGUGUAAUAUUCACUUCAAUCUUUUGGAUCCGCUGAAAAAUCACAUGACGUAUUGUUGUCCAGACAUGAUAAAUAACUUUUUGGGAUUGACUAAAACAGAUGUUUCAAAUACAGCAAAUGAAGCUAAAACUCUUGAUUCAGAGAAAGGAAAAUUGAUCAUGUUAGUUAAUGAUUUUUAUUAUGGAAAACAUGAAGGAGAUGUCCAGGAAGAACAGAAGACUCACACAACCUUUAAAUGCUUCAGUUGCUUGAAAGUUCUUAAAAAUAAUAUUAGGUUUAUGAACCAUAUGAAGCAUCAUUUGGAACUUGAGAAGCAGAGCAGUGAGAGCUGGGAAAAGCACACCACUUGCCAGCACUGCUACCGCCAGUUCCCCACUCCCUUCCAGCUGCAGUGCCAUAUUGAGAGCACACACACACCUCAUGAGUUCUCCACCAUUUGUAAAAUCUGCGAGCUAUCGUUUGAAACUGAACAGAUUCUUUUACAACAUAUGAAAGAUAAUCAUAAACCUGGUGAAAUGCCAUACAUCUGCCAGGUUUGCAGUUAUAGAUCAUCAAUAUUUUCUGAUGUAGAAUCUCAUUUUAGAACAUCUCAUGAAAACACUAAGAAUUUGCUAUGUCCAUUCUGCCUCAAAGUUAUUAAAAUUGCCACACCCUAUAUGCAUCAUUACAUGAAGCACCAGAAAAAGGGAAUACAUCGGUGCACCAAAUGCAGAUUGCAGUUUUUGACAUGCAAAGAGAAAAUGGAUCAUAAGACUCAACAUCACCGAACAUUUGUAAAGCCCAAGCAGCUAGAAGGACUGCCCCCUGGAACAAAAGUUACUAUUCGAGCUUCAGUUGGACCUCUUCAGUCAGGAUCUGCAGUUACACCUUCCAUCAGUGCAAGCACUUCUAUCCUCCAGCUCUCACCUCCAAGGACUGACAAUAUAACUGUUAAAAAUCCCACGAAAUUGAAUAUAAGUCCACCGAGUACAACUGUACACAAUCCCAGUAAACCUAAUGAAAGCAAGUCUAACGGAACUAAAUCUAAAAUCAGGUCAAAAGUCUCUAAUAUGCAGAAGAAACAAAGCACUUUGUCUAAUAGUAAUAAAAAAAGUAAAGUGAACACAGCAUUGAGGAACUUAAGGUUACGUCGAGGAGUUCAUGAGUGUAUUGAGUGUUCUUCUGAAGUAAAGGAUUUCGCAAACCAUUUUCCUACAUAUGUCCACUGUAGUUUUUGCAGAUACAACACUAGCUGUAGCAAAGCCUAUGUAAAUCAUAUGAUGAGCUUUCAUAGUAACCAUCCAACUAAAAGGUUUUGUAUAUUUAAGAAGCAUUCAGAAAAUCUCAGGGGCAUUUCUCUAGUGUGCCUUAAUUGUGAUUUCCUAACUGAUGUUUCUGGCUUAGAUAAUAUGGCUACACACUUAAAUCAACAUGAAACUCAUACUUGCCGUGUUCUAAUAGAGAAAGUUUCUGUGUGUAUCCCAACUUCUGAACGUCUUUCUCAAUUAAAAACUGAAGCUCCCACUAAGGGACAAGAAUCUGUGUCUAAGGAAACAGCAAGACACCAUACAACUGAAGGAGAGCCAGGAACACCACAUUCUGAAAGUCAGCAGGAUAAAGCUCCUUCAGCAGCAGCAGCAGACGCUGGGUGUGAUGCAGGUGUACGUGAAGCUGCAGCAGCAGCAGCAGCAGCAGACUGCGAAGGAAACGUAACUGGUUCAGAUACAGAAAGUGAAAGCAACUCAAAGAUUUCAGAUGCUGGAGCAGGUAAUACGGCAAAGGAAGAACAAGCGCAGCACGUCAGUCAGGAAGUGGAGCUGAAGGUGGAGCAGAGUUCAGAAGGCACAGAUUCACGUCAUCAGAGCAAGGAGCGCAGCCCCCAGGACGCUGAGUUGUCUUCAGAGACUAGUCAGGAUUUGCAGUUAGCAUCGGGCAGGGCUGGCACUGGUGAGUUUCUGAGGCAAAGAGAUGAGCCUGAAUCUGUGAGUUCUGCUGCUAGUGAGCAAGGCAGCGUUCACUUGGAACCUUUGACACCGUCAGAGGUGCUUGAGUCUGAAGCCACAGAGAUCCUUCAUAAAGGCGAUGAUCCUUCAUCUAACACCAGUGACACAGUGUCUGAUCAAACAGGUGGCAGUCCUGGAGGAAGUAGCCCUAGCAGAGCAGAGGCAGCCGCAGAGCUGGCAGACGGGAAGGAGAGCAGCUGAAGUGAUUUAUAGUUCCACAUGUGGUUCCUGCAGAGAGCAUGUAGAGCAGUGCUGCCCUGAGGCCCAGCAGUGCCGAGGCAGGGCUCUGAGGACGUCCUGCUUACCUUCCCCUGUGUGCUCCAUCUUAGUGAUAGCAUGGGUAGUCUCAAUUUCCAAGUUUUUACAAACCUGAGCAGAACUUUAGUGAAAACUAAGUUUGCCAUCCAAAGGUCUCUUAGCACUUUUUGACAAAAUCUUGUUCACCAAUAUGAAAUUAUUAUAAGAAUAUCAGCUAUGUUAAUCAGACUUUUCAAACUUUGGUUAGUCCUAAACGUAAAGUCCUUAUCACCUGCAUAGUCCUCUUAGUAAAC